UUACUCGUUACUCGCCAACAGGCAACAGCGUCUAGUCUCGUACCAAGUGUGUCCGCGCGUGUACUCUGGCCACCUGCUGCUGUUCACACGCUCCUGGUUUUUGUUUUUGAAAAUUAAUCGUGUUCUUUAUAUCGGGGUAUUUUCGAAUCGUAUCGCAACCGUGUAGUGCCGUUGUUGUAAUUAGAUCCGUCGUCGUUCGGUACGAUUGUUGUUUUUUUCUUUUUUUUUUAUAAAUACUUUUCCUUUGAGUUCAUUGCAGAUGUGACCUAGUGUCGUUGUCGCGCGAUGGCAAACGGACAAGAGCAGAACUUAGAAAUGCAAGACAAACCGGACGGAUGUCUGUCGGCCACGGUGGUGGACGAGGAACGGGAACCUUGUCUGAAGGAAUCCGAAACGAACAAAAACAACGGUGUGGCGUCCAAAGCGGCCGCGGCGGACAACAACAACAGCACCAGCAACGGGGGUGGAAAGUUUCUGACGUUCACGGCCACCAGCUUAGAACAGAAGCUCCGGGACAAGACCGGGUUCUCCAGGGUCGGGUUGACCGUGGCCGCCGUGGAGCUAAUCCUGUGCCUGUUCCUGUUCAUCGCGCUAGUCGUCCUGUUGAUCUUGUGGCCGCGUCCACCGCACGUGUUCCCACUCUGUCGGCGAGCCGCAUGUCUACGGGCUUCAGCUGAAGUGUUACCUAAAAUCAACUUCACCUAUUCCGUGUGCCGUGAUUACAGAGAAUUCUCUUGCGGCGGAUGGUUGCACUCUAACGACUUGCCUCCAUAUAUGAGCUCAUGGAGUCUCAAGAAACGCAUUCAACAAGACCAGAAAAUUAAAACCAGAAACAUGAUCGUCACGUUAAGGAACGUGGCCACUACCACGUCGUUCAACUGGAAGAUGAAGUACUUCUACGAGUCUUGCAUGAAUUUGGACAACAUCGAAACUGACGACAGCAAACCGUUAAAGAAAAUCAUCAGCACCAUUUUAGGUGGUUGGCACGUGUUGAAAGACUUCAACGUCCACGCGUGGGAUCCGUCUCAGACUAUUGUCAAGUUACACGCUGAGUACAGCGUGAGUCCUUUCUUUAAAAUCGACGUAGUACCCGACGACAGAGUUGCUGGUCAAAAUAUAAUUCAGAUUUCUCCGGCAGGACUGGGAUUACCCAAUCGAAGAUAUUACUACAGACAACAAGACGCCAAGAUAGUCGCCGCGUACAAACAUUAUUUGGUCGACGUUUCUCAACUGUUGGGAGCCACUAGCGGUGACGCUAGCAUAUUCAGCAACGACAUGUUCCAUUACGAGAAACGUAUCGCCGAGAUAACACCGGCCGACAAGCUUGAAGAUCCGUUUACAUCUCAUAACCGAAUGAAACUUUCGCAGUUCAAAGAAAUCGCAGGCUUGAUUCCUCUUUUGGACAUCUUACACUCAAAGUUCCCCGACAGUGGCAUUACCGACGAUACGUACAUAUCGGUGGUGUCGCCCACUUAUUUCAGUAACGUUUCCAAUUUGAUAUCGUCGUCCGAUAGAAGCGGACUCAACGACUAUUACAUGUGGAAAAUGGCCGAGGCGUACGUACCGUACUUGUCGAACAAGUUCAGGGAUAUCGUGAAAAUCUACACGGCCGAACUUACCGGUGAAAAAGAUUCGCCGCCCAGGUGGGAGACUUGUGUCUCGGUUCUUCAAAAGUUUAUGGGCUUCGGAAUAGCCGCCACGUUAGAAUCCAGUACAGAAAACAAAGCGGAAGUGGUCGGGGUCGUCAAAGAACUAUUCGACAACGUUAAAGAUACGAUUAGAUCCGGUAUAGAAAAAUCUAAAGGACUGGAGCCCGAACUUCGAGCACAUGUAUUAGACAAACUAAAUUCAAUUACAAUUCAAGUCGGGCUACCCGAGCACACCCUUCAGGACUCUUACAUAAAUCAAUUUUACAAUCUCUUGCCCAUUCAGAGGCUGGACUUUUUCCCAAACGUCAACCACGCUAUAUCUUUCCUUAAAGAUUACUCACAGACCAAACUCAAGUCUAAAAAAGAGGAGUACAGGUGGCUCGACGAUCUCGUGUCGGAUGACCCAAAAGUAACGUACAACGUUGCUAGUAACAAAGUGAUCGUGCCCUUGUCUUUACUUUCACCACCUUAUUUCGAAAUCGAUUAUUCCGAAGCGUUAAUCUACGGAGGUCUUGGCGUGGAAAUCAGUUCAGCAAUCUUGUCUAGCGUUUAUCCGUCAGGGGUCGCUUUUACAAAAGAAGGUAUGCUGCUAGACGUUAACUCGGUAACCGUCAACAGAACCGUUGCGGCCACAAUCGAAACGAGAAAUUGUUUUGGAGACUCCUUUAAAGGCCAACAAGUAGAAGUCCUGAACAAUACCGCCCUCACAGCCAUGUUGUCGGUUUCAAGCGUGAGAUUCGCAUUACAGAGUUUGCAGAAGAAAACAAAACUGGAACCACAUUUCCAUCAGCCGGCGAUGGAAAAUUAUGGAUAUGAUAAACUUUUCUUUUUGACAUACGCACAAUCACUGUGUACCAUCAAGUCCCCACAACAACAAGAUUUGGACACCAUGUACGAUCUAAUGUCGGACGAAUCUCUAUUAUUGAAAACCGUUGCCGAUCAUUUAGAUCUAUUCAAAAGCGUGUUCCAGUGUCCGGAGAGUUCAUCGAAAACUUGCAAUUACAUUUAUUGAUUGGCGCCUCGCGAGCGUUUGUCGAUGUGACUUAAAACAAAUGGAAAGUAUUAUUAUCGGUUAUUCUUGACAACAAAACGGUGAACGUUUCUUCUUUUAGUAUUCAUUUUGAUACGACGUUUAUUUCAUUGUUCGUAUUUGUUGACUGUACUUAUUUUAUUUUGCAUUCGAGAAAACACGACCAUGACAUUAUUAAUUUUAUGCGAUAAGUUCACAAUAAUAAUUGUCAGUACAUGAAUAUCAUUUUAACACAAUAUGCAAAACGUAACUAUAAUUUGAUAACUCUAAACGCAUAUUAUUGUACUCGCACGGUCAAGACUGGAAAUUCUUACGCAUUAACCCACUUAAGGUGAUAAUAACGUUAAUUAAAAAAAAAAAAAAAAAGUUACAUAAUAAUUGUUCUUCUACAGGGUAUAUAGUAUAAGCCAUUUGAAUAAAUUAAAAUAUAAUUUUUUAUUUUAUUUUUUGAAAAAAAAGAACUAUUUUUGAAAUUGUAAAUAUUUAUAUAUAAAAUAUAUACAUAUAUAUAUAUAUAAUAUAUAUAGUAUAGAUAUCUAAUUUAAAAUCUUACUUGUUGUUGAUUAUAGCUAUAAAUUGUAAAUAGUAUACGUUUUUUGUAUCAUUGACAUUUUAUUUAAGUUAGAUUUAUUGACAUUAUUUUUUGUUUGUAUAAGACGAUAAAAUAAUGGUAUCACUAUACAAUUAAGAUUUUUUCUCGAAUUAUAUAUAUAUAUAGCUUUUUGAUAAA